AUGGUGGCAAAACCCUUGCCUGACACACAGGAGGCUGCAGGGAUAGACUCGGCCAUAGAGCUGGGGGAUGAGCCGUCUGUUUCAGAGCACUCUGAUAAGGGUGACUCAGUGGCAGACCGAGUUAAACAGAAUCCUAGGACAGGCCUCAAGGUGCAGGGGGCAGGGAGCUCCACGCUUGUCGUCUCUUACAAGAAUGCCCCAGAGGAAGCUACCCCAGUGUUUGAGGGCCCCUUACGGGAGACUAUGCUUCCUGGCGGUGCUGGGGGUACUGGUGUCCUGACUAUGGUAUAUGUCCCCUUCACCACCAGCGAUCUGUAUAACUGGAAACACCAGAAUCCCCCGUUUACGGAAGACCCUGCCCCGCUGACUGCCGUUUUUGAGACCUUGGUUACAGCCCAUAAGCCCACCUGGGGGGAUAUGAGGGUUGCCCUAGAUACUCUUCUUACUGCAGAAGAGAGACGCUUAGUUUUCUCCCAAGCCCGUAAGUGUUUACGAGAAUCGGGGGUGCGGGAAGAGGAUUUAGCUAGACGGCUCCCUACUGCACCACCCAACUGGGGACAUACAGAGGCUCCAGAUAUAACAAAACACCAUGACUAUGCCACGGCAGUGGUACAGGGAAUGAAACGCUGUAUUCGGAAAACCACAAAUUGGGCUAAAUUGUAUAAUGUGAGACAAGAGAAAAAUGAAAAUCCAGCCGCUUUUUAUGAGCGCUUGUGCGAUACCUGUAAAAGGUAUACUGACCUCGAUCCAGAGACUGCCAAUGGAAGGCAGGUAUUAAUCCCCCUUUUCAUUGGACAGUCCUAUGAGGAUAUCAGAAGGAAAUUACAGAAGCUAGAUGGAGCUGCAGGCAAAAAUAUAGAAGAGCUCCUGGGGAUUGCAGUGAAGGUUUAUGACCGAAGGGAUGACAAGGAGCAGAGGAAAGGGGCUCGCCUACACCGAUACGCAGCACCCUUCCAGGCCCUUCCCUUGGAUCGACCCGUGCAUUCGUUCCAGAUCGGUGACCGGGUCUUUAUCAAGAAGUGGAAGCGUGAUCCUCUCACAGCACGGUGGGAAGGCCCACAUACUGUUUCGCUCAUCAGCCAAGCUGCCGUCAAGGUUCUUGGAAGCGACAAAUGGACGCACUGCACGCGAGUUAAACGCUUUGUUGGCUCGGAUCCAGAGGACGGAUCACCCGAGGAGGACAACAGCCCUCUGCUCCCCCCGGCUCCGGACGCCCGGGGUGACACAGCGGGAGCACAUCUAGAUAUGGAGGAUGUCAGAAUUUCACUCGGUGACCUGGAGAAGGGCUUGGAGAACACGGCUUUCGAUUCCAUGGAAGAAGAGGGACUCCCUGAGGGAGCACAGAAUCUGCCUCCUGAGAACAACAGAGAGGAGAGAGCUGAACGCUCCACCUUCUGGAGGCGUGCAGCACAGCCCGUGUCACAGGCCAGAAGGGUGUGUAAGGCUCACGCCAAGGUGCUCCGGAAGGUCUUCCUGGGCCUCCUGUGUGCAGCAUACUUGGCCUAUUUCAUUGCGGCCUGUUGGCUGGAUUUCCAGCGAGCCAUCGCCUUGGUAGUUAUUACUGGUCUGGUCAUCUUCUUUGUGGGCUGGGGCCUCAUUCAGAAACACUGUGGAGCAAAGCUGACGAAGCUUCUGAGCCCCUGUCGGAAAUGUUGCCUGAAGUCCUGGCCGUGGCUAAAAUGGGUGUUCUGGCUGGCCAUUCUGGUUGGUCUGGUCACAUGGCUGGUUCUGGACACCUCCAAAAGGCCAGAGCAGCUGAUUUCAUUUGCUGGCCUCUGCGCGUUUGUUCUGUUCCUCUUUGCCUGCUCCAAGCACCAUGCUGCAGUGCCCUGGAGAGCCGUCUUCUGGGGCCUUGGCCUGGAGUUUGUUCUUGGGAUCUUUAUAAUCAGAACGAAUCCUGGAUUCGAAGCAUUCCAGUGGCUUGGCAAUCAGAUCCAGAUCUUUCUGAGUUACACCACCGCUGGCUCCAGCUUCGUCUUUGGGGACAGACUGAUCACGGAGGCCUUUGCCUUUCAGGCUUUACCGAUUGUCGUGUUCUUCAGCUGUGUGAUGUCCAUUCUCUACUACGUUGGCCUCAUGCAGUGGCUCAUCCUAAAGAUCUCCUGGCUGCUGCAAAUCACCAUGGGUACUACGCCCACUGAGACCCUCAGCGUGGCAGGAAACAUCUUUGUAGGACAGACAGAGGCCCCGCUGCUGGUCCUCCCCUACCUGGCGGACAUGACGCUCUCAGAAGUCCAUGCAGUGAUGACUGGAGGCUUCGCCACCAUCGCCGGCAGCGUGAUGGGAGCCUACAUGUCCUUUGGGAUCGACCCCUCCUCACUGAUCGCUGCCUCUGUGAUGGCUGCGCCCUGUGCUCUCGCCAUGGCCAAGCUGGUCUACCCAGAAGUGGAAGAGUCCAAAUUCAAGAGCAAGGAAGGCGUGAAGCUCGCUAGAGGGGCUGAGCAGAAUAUCCUGGAAGCUGCCAGCAAUGGUGCCGCUGCCUCCGUGGGGCUGGUCGCUAACAUUGCAGCCAACCUGAUCGCCUUCCUGGCUGUGCUGAAGUUCAUCAAUGCUGCCCUGUCCUGGUUCGGGGAGAUGGUGAACAUCAAGGAUCUCUCGUUCCAGAUAAUCUGCUCCUAUAUCCUGAUGCCUGUGGCCUUCCUCAUGGGGGCAGACUGGGCAGACUCACCUCUGGUGGCCGAGCUGCUAGGCAUCAAAAUCUUCCUGAACGAGUUUGUGGCGUAUGAGCAGCUGUCGACGUACAAGAAGAACCGGCUGUCGGGGCUGGAGGAAUGGAGCGGGGGUCGCAAGCAGUGGAUUUCGAUGCGAGCUGAAACCAUCACGACCUUUGCCCUCUGUGGAUUCGCCAAUCUCAGCUCCAUUGGGAUCAUGCUGGGAGGACUGACGUCCAUGGUUCCUCAGCGGAAGAGUGAGUUUUCUAGCAUCGUGCUGCGAGCGCUGCUCACCGGGGCCUGCGUCUCUAUGCUCAACGCUUGUGUCGCAGGCAUCCUGUAUGUGCCCCGAGGGGAAGUGGCCGACUGCUCUGCAUUCCUGAAUAUGACAACCUUUAACACCACCAGCUACGACAUCUACAUGUGCUGCCGGCAGCUGUUUGCUAACACUGUGCUCAGCAACAAUGGGACCCUGUCCUUCACCGGCAGCUGGGUGGGACUCGAGUUCAGCAUGGCCUCUCUGACACAGUGCUGCGGGCACUACAACAACACAGUCUGCGCUGGGCUGCCCUAGAGGAGAUGGGCAGCCACCCAAACCAGCACGCAUCCUCGGUGCCAGCUCCCAAAGCCCAGUUGCAUCCUGUGUGAGAGCAGGGCAUUAGCCAGGCACUGCUGGUCCAUGGCUAACCCUCUCCAGAGCACAACCCCAUUGGCCUUUCCUCCUCUACUCCCUUUGGCUGCACUGCCCAGGAGCUGGGAGAUGCUGUAUUUUUGGCUCGACUCUCUACCUCCCUCUAGCCCCAUGAACCUCCCAGACGACACAGGACAGAAAACAGCCAGAUUGCUCCAGCUGGGGAUUUCCUCUGCCAGUCCCCUGGGGCUGUGCGGCUUACAGCAAUCGCCUUGGGGCUGGCCCCAGAGCCAGGGAGCACCAGCAGGUUCCUGGGUGGCUCCCCAGGCUGGGCCCUGUUGACAAUCCAGGCCUUAUCUGACCAGGCCCUGUGGGACUUGCUGUGUCUUUGUGGUUCUGGUGUGUGCCAUGGUGUUUAAUGCCCUGCAGGCUCCCUUCCUGCCUAGCUGCUGGGCAAGGGGCCUUGUCCCACACAUUCAAGGAGGCUUAAUUUAUGUUAAUACAACCUAUAAU